CGGCCUGCUGGAGGGCUGUCUUGACCUGCUGAGCCGGCUGGUGCGCCCCGCCUGCCCGCCCGUGGUGGCGGCGGUGGCGGGCGGCUGCCUGGGGCCGCUGCUGCAGCUGCUGCCGGGGGGGAGCCGGGCGGGCCUGGACGACUCCAGGGGGGCGCUGGCGCAUGGGGCCGCGGAGCUGCUGGUGGAGCUGCUCCGAGCAGGGCGUGAGGACCUCCUGUCCUGGGCCGCCCCCUCCCUCCUCCUCUCCCCCUCCACCCCCUCCUCCUCCUCCUCCCCAGCCCCCGCCACUUCCUCCUCCUCCUCCUCCUCCUCCUCCUCCCCGGAAGACGCCGUGUUCUCCGCCCUCCUCACCGCCACACACCGCCUGCUGGAUCCAGCCGCGGAUGAGUACGGCACCUGCCUGGCGGGAGAUCUCGCGGCGGCACUUGUACGACACCUGCCCUCGAGGGCUGCCGUACAACCCGCCCUGGGCGGCCUGCUGGCGGCAUGUACGGCAAAGCUGGCUGCCAGCAAUGUGUCCCCGCUGGUGGGGGGGCUGCUGGCGGCGCUGGGGUUGAUGGCGGUGGCGGGCGGCGGGGGCGGAUGGGUGGAGGCGUUGGCUGGGAUGAGCGUUACGGUGCCCGGAGGCGCCCCCCCCGUCAGCGGUCUGCAGGUGGUGCUGCCCCGCCUGGUGGAGCGGUGGGGCGAGGUGCGCGGGGCGCUGGCGGGGCGCAGCUGCCUGGCGGGCCUGCUGGAGGCGCUGAGGAGCAGGCACCCGCUGCUGGGGGCGGUGCGGGUUCGGGGGGUGCGUCAGGACCUGGCAGGUGGGGUGCGUACACGGCGCCAGGCGGCUGCCGCCGGCGGGGAGGUGUGGAGCGAGGUGCCGGCGGCGGUGCGGAUGGUGGCGGUGGCGGCGGAAAUGGCGCUGGAGCAGCCCUGGGCGGCGGGCGGGGCGGCGGCGGAGGAGGAGGGGGAGGAAGGGGAGAGCGAGGGGGAGGCGGAGUAUGAGGAGUAUGAGGACGAGGAGGAUGAGGAGGAGGAGGGAGAGGAGGGCAGCGAGGAGGGGCUGCUGGAGGAGGAGGAGGAGAGCGGCGGGUGCGGCGGGGCGGACAGGGAGCUGCGGCUGUCCGGCAGGGGCAUGGACAAGCAGCAGCAAGCCUCCCUGGACGCUCACCUCGACCGCAGCCUCCAGCCGCCAACCGCCGACUCAGCCCUGGUAUCCAACCACCACCAACCGCAACAACAGCAUGACCAACCCCACCACCAGCAACACAACCCCACCACGACAGCAGCAGCCUCUGCAGCCGCUGCCGCCUCGGAUCCGUUGCAUGGA